UUUCUGACAAGCGAGAGGAAGGAGGGGAAAGCCAGUGGGUAAACCGAGAACAGAUUCAACAGAGUGAAAAUCUGCCAUUGCAGGAGUAUAAGACAGACAGACUAAAGGAGAAAAUCAACUGACUGGACAGGAAAGGACUUGAAUCAGGAGCAUUCCAAACUCUUCAGCUCAUUUCCCGCCUUGAAAAUCAGUAUGGCCAACCAGGACCAAAAAGAAACUGUAUCGCACCUUCGUCCAGAGUUGUUUGAUUUUCAUGGAGUGUCAAUGGCUCAUUACUUCACUGACAACUGCGACAAUGUGGAUAACUUCCAGGCAAAACCUGAUGAUAUUCUCAUUGCAACAUAUCCCAAAGCAGGUACAACCUGGGUGUCCCACUUGUUGGACCUUCUGUAUUUUGGGAAGUCCUCCCCGAAGCGCGGGGUCUCGCUGCCCAUCUAUGAGAGAGUCCCAUUCCUGGAGUUCUCCGUCCCAGCACUAUGUCCCACAGGUGUAGAAAUGUCAGAUAAGAUGACCACAUCCCCUCGUCUCAUUAAAACCCACCUUCCAGUUCAGUUUGUGCCUAAAUCCUUCUGGGAACAAAAAUGUAGGAUUGUCUAUGUAGCCCGCAACGCCAAGGACAAUGUUGUGUCCUACUUUCAUUUUGACCGAAUGAAUUCUCUGAUGCCAGAGCCUGGAGACUGGCCUAAUUACCUGCAGAGAUUCCAGGAGGGAAAAUUGGUAUUUGGCUCCUGGUAUGACCAUGUGAAAGGGUGGUGGGAGAAAAAACAAGUUUACCCCAAACUCCUCUAUCUACACUACGAAGAUCUAGCAGAGGACAUGGAGCGAGAGUUGGACCAUGUGUGCUCAUUCCUGGGUGUGUGCCCAUCUGAGGAGGAGAGACAGCAAGUGAAAGAAGGGGUGCAAUUUGAUGCCAUGAAGAAGAACCGGAUGGCGAACUACUCCACUAUGGAUGGCAUGGACUUCAAAAUCUCUCCAUUCAUGCGAAAAGGGAAAGUUGGCGAUUGGAAGAAUCACUUCACUGUGUAUCAGAAUGAAGAGUUUGACAAAGAGUACCAGAACAAGAUGAUGAAUACCACACUUCAGUUCCGGACCGAGGUUUAAGUUGGUGUCCAUCACUCAGGAACCAAGCUUAGAUCUGGUUUAGGUGAUGUUACAGUACACAUGAACUCAUGGGUUGGCUCCAAAUUGAAUGGCAGUUGAGAGAAAGUUUUUCCUACAAUUUAAGGUGAAGAGUGAUAAAUAGUGUAUUCCCGCCACCUAAGUAGUAUUUGCAGUCAUCACAUAUACACAAUGCAUGAAAAUAAAUCAGACAAAAACUGCAUUUUAGCUAUCAGUGCCUUCAGGAGACCUUCAUGUUGCAUUUCUUUCAGGAAAAUACCUUUAAAAACUUUGCUUUAUUUACACGUUCGUAAGUAUCUGUAUCUUUCUUGAGGGUCCUCCCACAACAAACCAGUACUUUUUCAGUACUUUUUUUGCAUUUUUAGAGCAUAUUGAUACUUACGGUACAGGUUUUUAUAGACAGUAUUUUAUAUAAUAUGUACUUGGCCUGUAGUGCAUUAUAAAGUAUAAUACUGGAAGGAAAAAAGGACGUCUCUUGAACUUGAUGAAAAUAUGAAAGGUUUAUCCCAAUACCAGCAGUGACAAAGCGCACAAAUGACACUCGGGACACUCAGGAACCCUACUUUUUAUACACUUUUCCAGUAACAUACAUAAUGGGAGGAUGUAGACAAUUUUGUGGCACCUAUCAAGUAGGCAGUAGUGUACUGACCAUCCUGCUGGGAUUGAAUUAGCAUGUAUUGUUGACUCAAGUGUAGUUCCUGAUCUCUCACUCCCGGUCGCUAUUCUACCAUUGCACCAACUCUAAUGCUGAUAAGAGACCAUCAAGGGAUCAUUUGACCACCAGGCACAGUGUCUGUCCAACAUAUCUUUUUAAUACUUAUAUUCCUCUAAAUUACCGAUGAAUGCAUAUGCAAUAUCCAAUAUUCCCUCCAUGUUGAUUUUCUUUGUAUAUCCAAAUAAAUGAAGACGCUUCAACAACAAAA